GACGCAGCGAGCUGCCCUCCGCGCGGGGCUCCCCUCCGGCGGGCUCCUGUCCUGGGACGGCGGGACACCUGUCGCCUAUUUUUUUAAUAUCCAAAUUUCAAGAAUACACUGGAUACCACUCUUAAAAAACCAAGAUGAAAUUAUGAAGAAAUGUUUUAAUUAUUGAAACUACAGUUGAAAUUAUGAAGAAAUGUUUUAAUUAUUGAAACUACAGUUGAAAUUAUGAAGAAAUGUUUUAAUUAUUGAAACUACAGUUGAAAUUAUGGCUACAUCAGCAAAUCUGGAUCUUGGAGCCCAGCUGAUAGUGGAGGAGUGUCCCAGCAGUUAUAGUCUAGCUGGCAUGCCAGACAUUAAAAUAGAACAUCAGCUGGACUCAAAUGCAGAAGAAGGAUCAGCUCAGGGUGUUGCCAUGGGAAUGAAAUUCAUAUUGCCUAAUCGAUUUGAUAUGAACGUCUGUUCUCGAUUUGUGAAGUCCUUAAAUGAAGAGGAUAGUAAAAAUAUUCAAGAUCAGGUUAACUCGGACCUGGAGGUGGCAUCUGUCCUAUUUAAAGCUGAAUGCAAUAUCCAUACAUCUCCUUCUCCGGGAAUCCAAGUAAGACACGUCUAUACUCCCUCUACAACAAAGCACUUCUCACCCAUAAAACAGUCAACUACCUUAACCAACAAGCACAGAGGAAAUGAGGUCUCAACCACACCUCUGUUAGCAAAUUCUUUAUCUGUUCACCAGUUAGCUGCUCAGGGAGAGAUGCUCUACCUGGCUACUCGUAUUGAACAAGAAAAUGUUAUCAAUCACACGGAUGAAGAAGGAUUUACUCCUCUGAUGUGGGCUGCAGCACACGGGCAAAUAGCUGUGGUAGAGUUUCUACUUCAGAAUGGUGCCGAUCCCCAGCUUUUAGGAAAAGGUCGGGAAAGUGCACUGUCUCUGGCCUGCAGUAAAGGCUACACAGAUAUUGUCAAAAUGCUGCUUGAUUGUGGAGUUGAUAUAAAUGAGUAUGAUUGGAAUGGUGGCACACCUUUGCUUUAUGCUGUACAUGGAAAUCAUGUGAAAUGUGUAAAAAUGCUCUUAGAAAAUGGAGCUGACCCAACAAUUGAAACCGACUCUGGAUAUAAUUCCAUGGAUUUGGCUGUAGCCCUGGGCUAUAGAAGUGUUCAGCAGGUUAUUGAGUCACAUCUACUGAAGCUGCUUCAGAAUGUCAAGGAGUAGACAGUCGCCGAACAUGUCUGCCCUUCCUUUCCUGCUUGGCCCUUAUAAAUGAUAGUUUCGUUUACUUAUAAGUUUUUACCUCAGUUGCACUAUUUACUGAUUUUUACUAAGUUUUAAUAAAUAUUCCUCUGAGUAAUUCACUGGUUUAUAAUAAAAUUAAUGUUGAUGCUUUUUUAAAAAUGUGUUUUAUGACAUAUUUAAAAUUAUAAAUUAAUGUUUAGUGGCAUGUAAAUUUUUAUGGUACAGAUAGUUAUCUGUCUUUGUAUCGAGUGCUGUAAUUUAACAUUUUCAGAAAUUAUUCUACCCUGUUCAUCUUUACUCUUGUAUUAACUCAUUGACUUUAUAUAGGGUUUGCUAUAAAUCCAUAGAAAAAAAUUGUUAUUAUUGAAUUAAAAGUGCACAGUGUGAUUGUUUACAAAAUGUUAUAAAUAAAGUACAUUUUCUGUUAGUUUGCAUGCUAGUGGUUUUUUAAUUAU